UUAGAUCAGACUUAGUCUUGCAAAACCUAGGAGAGCCCUUGUUGUCCUUUUUACGGGGAUUCUGUUCAGUUUUCAGAGCCUUUUAACAUAACUCCUCUCUGCUAUGCUAUGUCGUGAUUCUCACCUCUGGAUUCCUUCCAGGUUUUCUUCCCAAAAAGCUCCUUUUUUCCGGCUUCUCAGCCACCAAUUCUUGGAACUUUUCCACCAGAUAAGUAGCUUUAUCUUCCAUUGAAGAAGGUUUUUAUUUUCAGUUUUCUAACGACCCUUUGAACAUUUUCCUUUUGUUAUGCUUCUGGGGUAUUAUUUUUGAACUUUAUCCCUCUCUUGUCAUGCGAAAGUUUGUUCCUUUUAUCUUUUUCCAUUAUUGAAUUAGAGGUAUCAUAUUGGUCUGUUUGAAAUGAUGAUUUUUUGUUCUGGUUCGAUUGGUGGCUAGUUUUGCUUAUAGAUUAGGUGAAAAAAAGUAAUUGGGGUUUUGUUAAAUAGGAUUUUUUGUAUGAUGGGUUUAUUAGUUUGAUCUGGGUUGUUGUAUUGUUUAUGAAAAAAAAUGGAUGUGAAUUUGUCACAAGGAGGAAUGAUUCAAGGUGGUGUUGGUGGUAAUUCUUUUGGUGGCUUUGAUUUACCUGGAUCAAUUCAGGUUCAUCAUCAAGCACACCAUCCUCAUACCAUUCACCAACAUCAAGCUAAUCCGCAUCAAGGGUUGUCGCUACAUUCAUCGGUGCAAGAUGGUUUUCCACUCACAAUGGGACCUUUGCAGAACUGUGAUCAGAGUAUGUCAAUGACAGAUUAUGGUAAGGGAGAGAGGGGGAAAAUUUGUACAAGUGAGGAAGAUGAGCCUAGUUUUAUGGAGGAUGGUUUUGAUGGUCAACAUGAAGGGGGUAGAGGUAAAAAAGGAUCGUCGUCGCCUUGGCAGCGUGUGAAGUGGACUGAUAAUAUGGUGAGGCUUAUGAUUACAGCUGUUUCUUAUAUCGGUGAGGAUAGAACUUCUGAUGGUGUUGGUGGAAGUGGAAGAAGGAAAUUUGCGGUUCUGCAGAAGAAGGGUAAGUGGAGAUGUGUGUCGAAAGUCAUGGCUGAAAGAGGUUGUCAUGUUUCGCCGCAGCAAUGUGAGGAUAAAUUCAAUGAUCUUAAUAAAAGGUAUAAAAAGCUGAAUGAUAUGUUAGGGAGGGGAACUUCUUGCGAGGUUGUGGAAAAUCCUGCGCUUUUGGAUGGAAUUUAUUAUCUUUCUGAGAAAGAAAAGGACGAAGUUCGAAAAAUAUUAAGCUCAAAACAAUUGUUCUAUGAAGAGAUGUGUUCUUACCAUAAUUGUAAUAGGCUGCAUUUGCCACAUGAUCCUGCAUUGCAAUCUUCGAUGCAGUUAGCUCUCCGUAAUAGGGAUGAUCAUGAUAACGAUGAUAUCAGAAGAUCCCAGCUUGAUGAUCAUGAUGAAGACGAGCAAGAUGCAGAAACUGAUGAACACGAUGCUUUUAAAGACAAUUGUGCUUCCCGUGGUGAGGGGCGGUUAAAUGGAUCAAUGAAGAAAUUGAAACAAAACCAAGGCCAAAAUCAUGCUAAUGCUUUUGGUAAUUCUUUUAAUUGUCAAGAUUAUUUCAACAAAGGCUCGUAUCCGCGUGGACAAAUGGGGCAGUCUGAUGGUAAUCAAGUUAUACCUGAAAACAUGAGAGCAGCAUGGUUACAGAAGCAAUGGGUUGACUCUCGCCAAGUUCAGUUAGAAGAGCAAAAGUUACAAAUUCAGGCUGAGAAGUUGGAAUUAGAGAAACAAAGAUUCAAGUGGCAGAGAUUUAGCAAGCAAAAGGACCGGGAGUUGGAGAAGCUGAGUCUAGAAAACGAAAGAAUGAAGCUUGAAAAUGAACGUAUGGCUUUAGAACUGAAGCAAAAGGAAAUGAGUCUCGGCUUUAACUAGUAUGUUUAAAUUUGCGGUACACUGCCAUUUUCUAGCAUAUGUAUAGCGAGGCAGAAGCUACAAAUCCAAACUUCAAAUUUUACGCAUGGUGGAGAGUUAUCUUACUGUGCAAGCAAACUAGUGCUUACUGGACAAACAUUCUACUUGUAUUGUGGUUUGGAGCUAACUCCUAUUUGUUUGUUCACGAACGAGUUCUUCAUAAUAUGGACUA